UGUUGUCGAUUCCAUUUUUUAUAGUAAAAUAAUAAUUCCCAAUAUUAUCGGCUGUCAGUAUUUCUACAAAAAUUUUCAUUUCUUAAAAUCUCUCUUCUUUCUCUCUAUAUAUACAUCUUUAAUCUUCUUUCAUCUAAUUCAUUGAACUAUGUAAUUUCAUCAUUUUUUUUCUCAUCUUCAACAUUGAUAUAAUUCUUAAAGCCUAUAUGUGCGUGUGUGUUUGUGAGCGAGAAAAAAAAGUGCCAUCUUCAUCAUUAUCUCCUUUUUAAAAUUAUUUUCAACUUUUUGUGUGUGUGUGUGUCUGCGUCUGUGUACAUUAUGUGAUUCGUUCAUCCGGAUUUAUUUGGAUUAUCAAAAACAUAACCGGAACAAUACACACACACACACCAACAUCGCACACAAAUAUAUACUGCGAAUAAACAACGAUGCAACGACGUCAUAGUCAUCGAAUUUCUUCAUUCGCCAAAUUACGUGAAAGACCAAUUCGUAAUGAUAAACAAUUACGUGCAAUUGUUCGUGUUGGACAAUCGGUCAAUUUUGCUGUCGAACGUUUUGCAUCCGUUGGUGAAGCAAUAGCUGAUGAUAAUCCAGAAAUUCGUAAUGAAAUGUAUGAUGCAUGUAAAGAUGCCCGUACAGCUGGUGCAUUGAUUGAACAGUUAUGUAGUUUAACGGCACCAAGUCUUCGUGGUAUUGGUGGUAAUUGUGGCACGAUUAUCGAUCCAACCAGUGGUAGUUCAAUUAUUCCUAUUGUCGAUACAGUUUAUCACCAUCAUCAUCAUCAUCAUCAUCAUUAUCAUCAUGAUACGACAACAGCCACAGCGGCAACAACAACAACAACAAAUAGUGAAGAAUCAAUACGUACACAUGCUGAUCGUCAAGCAAUGGCAAGAGCGGCACGUGCAUUAUUAUCAUCCGUCACAAGAGUAUUAUUGGUUGCCGAUACAGUUGUUGUCAAACAAAUUGUUGCAAGUAAAGAUAGGGUUUCAAUGUCAUUGAAUCGUUUAGAAAAUGUUGCAAAUUUUACAGAAUUUGUCAAAGCAUUUUCACAUUUUGGCAUGGAAAUGGUUGAAUUGGCACAUUUAACAAGCGAUCGACAAAAUGAUUUAAAAAAUGAAAAACGUCGUGCACAAAUGACUGCCGCUCGUAAAACAUUAGAAAGAUCGACAAUGAUGUUGUUGACUACAUCAAAAGUUUGUCUUAGACAUCCUGAUUGUCAAACGGCUCGUGAAAAUCGUGAUACCGUAUUUGCUCAAAUGCGUCGUGCAAUGGAUCUAAUACAUUUUGUUGUAAAAGAAGGUAUUGUUACCUAUCAAUCGAAAUCAUCAUCAACAUCGAUAGCUGUUGCGGCAGCUGCUGCAGCCGCUGCUCAUGCUGCGGCAGCGGCAGCCGUAGCAGCAUCUGGAACAUCAUCAUCAUCAUCACCACAUCCUUAUCAUCGGCCAACAUCAUCAUCAUCGAAUGCAACAACAGUAACAUCAUCAUCAACAUCAGCAUUACAUUUACCAUUCGAUCCGCACAAUGAAGCCCUAUUAUAUGGGUAUGAUUAUCUACAACAACAACAACGUGCUCAACAACAACAACGGUGUUCAUCAAGGGAUAUGUUUUCCAUACCAAAAUAUCAACGUCGUGGCCAAUUACAUCGUGUUCAACGUACUAUACCUGGUAAUUCAUUUGUAUUAGCCGUAGAAUCAACAUUACGAUGGCUACAUGAACAAUUGGAUGCAUGUCCAACAAUUGUAAAUUUUUUACAAAGAAUCUGUGAAUUAUCCGAUCUGGCACAAAUGGGCCAAAUGACUAGCCACGUUAAAGAACAGAUAAUGUUCGCAUUGGAUGCUGCCAUUGAACGUACUCAGGAUUUUACCGAUUCAGCAUAUACAAAUCAUGAUCAUCGUGAACAAAUAUUAAUGUUAUGCGAUCAACUUCGUGCCGAAGUCGAAGCCUUUUUUCGAGCUGUUGUUUGUUUUGACGAUUCCUGUUUCAAUACAACCACAGUGAUCGGUGAUGAAUUUGAACAAUUUAUUGUACAGAUAACGAAUCUAUCGAAUGAACUGAAAUGCAAGCUACAAAAUGUUGCCCUAGAACAAGCGGAUGAACUAUUUAGACAUCAUACGUCAUCAAUCGACCUGCCAGUAUUGCUCAAAGGUUCAGCAAUCGACUGUGAUCAUGAACAAAUCGAUGAACUUAUUGAACAAUUUCGUGAACAUUCCGAUCAUGUUCAAGAGGUUUGUCGACUACUGUUUCAUAUAUCACCAACUGCAUCAUUACAAGUGACCGCUGGCCAUACAGAAACAUCAAUAGAAAUACAUGGUGAACAAUUGCUUACAGCAUUACAUACAUUAUUACUAUAUUCGAAUAGUAAAAUUGUCAAAGAAAAUUAUGAAGUAUUUGCUGAUGUUUGGUCCACAUUGAUUGGUGAUAUUUCACAAAUAAUGCGUGAUGUAAGUGACUUUCUUCGUGAACAACAUGAACGUCAACCACCUCCACUUCCUAUACCGCCUGUUCCACCUUCUGUUUCGCAACAACAACAACAACAACAAUCAUCACCAUUACCAUCAUCAUCGAUGGGACGAUUAGCUCCACCCGUAGCUACAAGGCCAAUAUUAUCAUCACCAUCAUUAGCUACGGCUCCAAUUUCAAUGAAAGGAGGUGUACCGGCUUAUGGUUAUUUAGAACCGGGUAAAGAACCAAUACCAAUGACUGGUGAUACCGCCGGUGCCGAUAUGUAUGGUGUGGCUGCAAUGCCUGGUGCAGCUGCUGCCAUACCGGAUGCAGAAGAUCCGGUUGCAGUUUCUGCCGCUGCUGCUGCUGCCGCUGCUAGUAGUGGUGGUGGUGGUGGCGGUGGUGGUGCUGGUGUUGUUCCUCGUCCGACAAAUGUACAGAUCAAUCCGGAAGUUGAAGUAUAUGAGAUUGAAAAAUCAUCUGCACCAUCAGUUGAUUUAGAUGAUAAUGAUAUUGUACGAAAAGCUAAAGCAAUGUCAUCAAUGGCAAUGUCAAUGUUUCAAUUUACUCGUGGUGAAGGUGAAUUGAAAACGACACAAGAUUUAUUCACUCAAGCGGAAUUUUUUGCCGAAGAAGCGAAUAAAUUGUACAAAAUCGUUAGACAUUUUACCUAUCAGAUUCCAACUGGUGCACCUAAAAAAGAGCUUUUGGAUUGUAUCGAUCAGGUGCCAACUUAUGUACAGCAAUUACAAUUUGCCGUUAAAAAUGUAACCGUUGGUAAGACAGCUACUUUCACUAAAGUUGAUAAUGUUAUACAAGAAACGAAAAAUCUAAUGUCAGUUAUAACUAAUGUUGUGAGCGCUUGCCUUAAUUGUGCCAACAAGCAUAAUUUGGAUAUGCAAGGUGCAUUACGUACACGUGCACGUACCUUAUCACCAUCAUAUCGACAGGAUACCGAAAUGUUUUUUGAAGGUGGUGCAAUGUCCAAAGGUGGCGUUGCAUCAUCUGAUCCAGACAUCUGACAAUUCGGUAUGGGCCGUAGAGCCCUAAAAGCUUCGGGUGAAGGAGAUGCGCGUCGAACACGCGUUUCUUUUUUACUCUUUUAGGGUCAAAAUCCAGACGAGAUUAGUGCAAAUUUAUACACAAUAUGAUAUAAUAUUUUAUAGUAGUUUUAAUAUUAGUAAUAAAAUUUAAACGAAUUAGGAAAAGAAAAAAAACAUUCAACAAAACCAAUCACACACACACACA